UGCGCACGCAGAGCGAAUAUAAAACUAACCCAGUAAUUGAUCCGUAGCCAGUUUAGUUAGUUAAUACGCGGGGUGCGGACUUGGAAAAGCGAGCAGACGGGAAAAUGAGAGAAAUUGUUCACAUUCAGGCUGGUCAAUGUGGAAACCAGAUUGGUGCUAAGUUCUGGGAGGUAAUUUCCGAUGAACAUGGUAUAGACCCCACAGGCACUUACCACGGAGACUCAGACCUACAACUCGAAAGAAUUAAUGUAUAUUUCAAUGAAGCAACAGGUGGCAAAUAUGUUCCGCGAGCGGUGCUCCUUGAUCUCGAACCCGGUACCAUGGACUCUGUCCGAUCGGGACCAUUCGGCCAGCUUUUCCGGCCAGACAACUUUGUGUUCGGUCAGAGCGGUGCUGGUAACAACUGGGCCAAGGGUCACUACACAGAAGGUGCUGAGCUCGUAGAUUCCGUGCUGGAUGUGGUCAGGAAAGAGGCAGAGAACUGUGACUGUCUUCAGGGAUUCCAACUUACACACUCCCUGGGUGGAGGUACUGGGUCUGGUAUGGGAACACUGCUGAUCAGCAAAAUCCGGGAAGAGUACCCCGACCGAAUCAUGAACACAUUCUCCGUCGUGCCAUCUCCAAAAGUAUCCGACACGGUUGUUGAACCAUACAAUGCCACCCUCUCAGUCCACCAGCUUGUUGAAAACACAGAUGAAACCUACUGUAUCGACAAUGAAGCGCUGUACGAUAUCUGCUUCAGAACCCUUAAACUCACAACCCCCACCUACGGGGAUCUUAAUCAUCUUGUCUCCGCAACAAUGUCUGGUAUCACCACCUCUCUCCGAUUUCCGGGACAGUUGAACGCAGAUCUGCGUAAACUCGCCGUUAACAUGGUACCUUUCCCACGUCUCCAUUUCUUCAUGCCAGGGUUCGCUCCCCUGACUUCACGUGGUAGCCAGCAAUACAGAGCUCUCACUGUCCCAGAACUCACCCAGCAAAUGUUCGAUUCAAAGAACAUGAUGGCUGCUUGUGACCCACGUCACGGACGUUACCUUACCGUCGCCGCCAUGUUCCGUGGGCGUAUGUCCAUGAAGGAAGUCGACGAACAGAUGUUGAACGUUCAGAACAAGAACAGCAGCUACUUCGUCGAAUGGAUCCCCAACAACGUCAAGACCGCCGUCUGUGAUAUCCCGCCACGUGGUCUCAAGAUGUCCGCAACCUUCAUUGGUAACAGCACCGCCAUCCAGGAACUCUUCAAACGCAUCUCCGAACAGUUCACCGCUAUGUUCCGGCGUAAGGCUUUCUUGCAUUGGUACACUGGCGAGGGUAUGGACGAGAUGGAGUUCACAGAAGCCGAGUCCAACAUGAACGAUUUGGUAUCGGAGUACCAGCAGUACCAGGAAGCUACCGCCGACGAUCAAGAUGAAUUCGACGAAGAGGAAGAUGAUGAAGGCGAGGAGGCUUAAAUUAAGUUUCGCAAUUGAACACCUUUGCAAAUAUAUCAAAAUCUUCUUCUGAUUUAAUAUGUUCCGUUUUAGGAGUCUGCUUUCAAGCAAGUUUUUGGAAUAUUUCCUGUGUUUUGAGUUCUCAUAUAUCUAUUGAAGUAUUAGUAAGAAAUUUUGUAAUAUGAACUGACCCCCCCCCCCCCCCCCCCACAAAAAAAAAAAAAAGAAAAGUUUUUUUUAUAAAGAUUACCAACACAGUUCCUUCGGAAAAUAAACAUUUAUACGUUUGAGACAUUCUUCUAUUAGUAAAAAUCAAUAGAAAUAGUUUAGAACUGGACAGAACAUUUCCAGUAGAGAAAAGAAAAAUGUAGAAUUAUUCAGAUAUAAACGCAUAUAAAACUUUGUGAUUUAUUUACUCCACAGGUAUCUGACUAACUUUGAACUUUGAUGUUGUGGCUUUUUGAUACAUUUGUUUUACAUACACCAAGUGACUUAUUGUAGGCAAAAUUAUUUUAUUAUUUUGCUUGAAUUAUUUGCCAUGUGCUUUAAAGACUUUUGUCUUCUAAACCUAUUGACAUGUUUUGUUUGCUCUCUUGUGAUAAUUUGGUCGGACCAUUGCUAUCUUUUUGGAUAAACUGCAAUUAAACGUCAGGAAACAUU